CUUAGGGGGCAGAGGUAGAGAGCCCUGUUAUUUGGGUGGGGGGUCUUCCUGGGGCAUGCCUUGGGGAGCGCCCUGUUUCUGGCCUUGGCUUUCUCGGUUUGCAAGCGGGGUGCAGCUUCCCAGCUGGGGUGCUGGAGGGAGGAGGCCUGAGGUUUGCCGGGCACCCCAAGAAACAUUUUUUGGGGGGGGGUGGAGGGGGGCUUGUGCCUUCCUGCUGGGGGUGGUCGGUCCUUCUUGACUCCUUCCGGGCACCAUGGCUGCCAAGUGGUUCAAGGAAUUCCCCGCCAACCUCAAAACCGUCUCCGACCGUCCCAAACCCAGUGGCGGGCAUCAGGCGAGUAAGCCGAGCGGCGGUGCCCGGAAAAACUUAGGAUUGCCCGAAGCCGCUUUGGCCUCCUCGUUGCCCGGGAAGAACCGGAAGAACUCGGCCACCGAGCUGGGCGGCACCAAGACCCCGUUGGCACCAGGGAAAGAUGGCACCGGGAGCCGGUUAUCCCGGGACAACCUCCAGGGGCUUCUGCAAGCCGCUGCAGGGAAGAUGCGAAAGAAUUCGCGGGUGGAGGGGGCCCCUCCGGAGGAGCCGGGCUGGGGGCCCCCCAAAGGGAACCCCAGUUGUGGGGGGUACAUCAACCGGCUCAUCAAAGUCAACGCCCAGGAGAAAAACGCCAAGAACUUUUCGGGACCGGCUCCCAAUCCCAGCCCAGUCCCGCCAGCCGAACCAGAGAAGCCCAAGCAAGACCCGGUAAAGGUUAUCAUUUUGGAAGAUUACGCCGACCCAUACGACGCCAAGCAGACCAAGGGCCAAAGGGAUGCUGAAAGAUUGGAAGAGAAUGACGGGUACAUGGAGCCCUAUGAUGCGCAGCAGAUGAUAACCGAAAUCCGCCGCCGGGGGUCCAAAGACCCCUUUGUGGGGAAAGCCGUCCUGCUCCUGGGUGAACCAGGGGCCAAGGGAGACACGGGGGUCAAAGUGCCAGCAUCCAAACCCCUGCAGCUUUACGAUACCCCUUACGAACCGGCCGAGACGGGCUCCCAGUUCGAGACACGCCUCCCUUCGAGCGACGAACGACCGCCGGCCGAGUACGAACAGCCCUGGGAAUGGAAGAAGGAGCAGAUCAUGAAAGUCCUCUCCGUGCAGGGUUCGGAGAAACUCGUGACGGCCGCUGAGACGUCACCCCAGCCCCACCCUUGCCCAAAAAACUGGCCAUCCAAGAUGGUGAAGUCUCCCACGGGGAUCGAACCGGGGAUGGAUGGAGGAGAGCGGGUGGAUUCUGCCCUCGUCUUGGAGAAACAGCCGUGGUUCCAUGGCUCCAUCACUCGAGCCCAGGCCGAGAGCCGGUUGCAGCCAUGUCCAGAAGCCGGCUACCUGGUGCGCACCAGCGAGAUGGGCCCCACCAAGUAUUCCAUCGCCCUUAAGACAAGCCAGGGUUGCGUCCACAUCAUUGUGGCCCAGACGAAGGACCAUAAAUACACUUUGGACCAAGCCGGCGGCCUCUUCGACACCGUCCCCCAAGUGGUUGGCUAUUACUCCACCGAAAAACUCCCCUUCAAAGGAGCCGAACACAUGACUCUCCGUUACCCGGUCUCGGUUCCCAGCAAAGCCCCCUAAAUCCUCCCCUUUUAGGCCAGUUUGGAACUGGGGAAACGCGGUGGACGCCGGACCGUCGGUCCCGUUGGACGGAGACCUCGCCCAGCCUUCGCUUCGGCCGGAGACGGGGCUCCGACAUUUCCUUCCUUCCUCCAGCGAAUUUUAUUCCCGCGUUUCCCGAUGCGAUAAGAUAGGAAUUUUGGGGUUCCCUCACCUGCCCACUUUAGUUCUACGCAAACUCAGAACUAAGGAGACAUUUCCUGACCGUUGGAACAAUU